AUCAUUCUGCGCAUGAAGGAGGAUCAUUGCAUAAGAUGUGCACAAAGACAACGUCAAGCUUGGCAGAACGGAGAACUGAACGUGACUGGACUUCAUUUCACCCCCUGGGCCUCAUCGGUGGCAGUGAGCGAGUCCCACAAACCUUGGUGAAGCAGGCAUCCCUGGAAGUCAGCGGGAUCCAUGGACAUGGUUUGGUCUGAGAAACCAGCAGAAUUGUUGAAGGUUCCACAGCAUGGAAAAAACCUUCAGGUCCCUUCCCAAGCAGAGAUGCCUCUGUCUCCCAUAACGGCAGGAGCCUCCUCUUCAGAGAAGCCGAUGGUCAAAGAUCUUGUUUCAGACUCAUAUUCCUCAGAUCGAGAGUUCCCAGGACUGAGUGGACGGCCUGGUUACCUACAAGACUUCUUAAUGCCAGAUGAAAGUGAAAGAGGAGAGGGAGCCCGGUCCAUAAAAAAAGAAAUCAUAUCCAAGGUUGUUGCAUUUGCAGAGCGGAAUCCAUUAUCUAUGCUCUUUUCCCGAAGCAGAAAAAAGGAUGCCCAGGAGACGGUCCAGAAGAAUGAUCAAGAAGUGGUUCCAUCUGGAGAAAAGUCUUUGCUCUUUGCAUCUGCGUCACCUCAUACCACAGGAGAAUCUUCCGGGUCCAGUGGGAAGUCUGGCCAUCUGAGAGCAGAUGGAGGUGGAAAUGCCUUUCCACCCAGCUACUCCAGCCUGUACCCAGAGCAAAAGGAUGAAAAAAAUGUCCUCCGAAGGAGAAUGUACUGCCCACCAGGUUCCCAGCAGUCGUUCCUGAGGUCCGCCCCUGUCGGUCUGAGCCGCAGCUAUUCUGAUCCUGUGUUUUCCAGAGAGGAACACGGAAGGAAGCGAAUUGGCAGCUGUACGGCAGAAACCUCAACCAAAUUUCAGAUGGAUGAAUAUAAAUCUCCAGUUGCAUUUACACCUACGAUAAAGCGAAAGAAUGGGAACACAAUUUAUAGUUUCCAGUGCAGUCGUGCAGGCUGGUUUGAGUGCAGCGAAACCCAUCUGAUCUUCAGAAUGAAGGACAUGGGAGAGGUGGUGUACAGUAUAGCCAGAUGGAAUGGUACCUUCCACAUUCCUACUGGAUGGAUGCCUGCAGGACCCUUACUGGACAUCAGAUGUCCUCAGAAGACUUUGUGUGAAAUGAAAUUCCCACACUGUGAACUUGGGGACAGGCGCAACUUCCUGUCAGUGGCUCAUGUGACAAGUUAUGGUGUGGAGGUUCUCCAGCCUUCACAGGUGACUGACACCCAUGUGGCAGUCAACAUUGCUGGCCUCUCUCUUUUCGGACUCAUCAAAAGCUGCUUCUCCACUACGAUUUGCGGCCAAGUGCAGCUAUUUCUCAGACCUGUAGUCAAAGACCAGGAACAGAUACUGAACGUUUUCUUACUGCCCAGUAAUGUGCUGCUCAGUCAGGUGCUGGAAUACCAGAAGGAUAACAUUCACAUCCCAACAAGCUCCAUUUGCAGCCUCGUUCAUGAGCAGGAAUACAGCAUUCACUGCGAUCUGGAGGAGAACCAUUUCAUCCAGCCAAAAAAAGAAAAAUUUUAUGGUCAAGUUGAUGGAAACUUCUUCCCAACAUUCGAAGUGUUCCUGUACACGGAUGUGAAGGACUUGACUCUACGACUAGCGGACUGCAGAAAUGGUGUGGAAGUGUGGGAACGCAAAGUGAUUCUGCCAUGCUUUAAAACAUUUUCAUGCGGCUCUCUUGAAAAUGAGAGAAAUGCUGCCUUUGUGGACAAGUACAGGGCUGUUCUGAUUGAGAGGGUGACCUUGGUGGACCCCAUUCUGGACAAGCUGUCCAUUCUGGUCCACCCAGAGGCCUGUGCCAAGGUACGAGCUGCAGGCACCAGCCAGGAGAAAAUGAGACUUCUCUAUGACAUCACCUUUCGCAGUGGGGGAGUUCAGCUGAAAUCAAAGUUCUUUGAGAUCCUCAAGAAGGUCCAUCCUCAUCUGGUACAGGAGCUGAAUGGCAUUCAUUAGUGUGCCGUGUUUAUCCUUAGAGUUAAUAGUGCUAGAAAUAUGGAAAUACUGAAAAACUGACAACCGAGUCUCUGAUAACAGGGGGGUGCGGUGGCGCAG